CAUCGAUUUGGUCAUCAGUUACCAACUAAACUAUCUUUAGAACGUUUAUUCCACUUAUUGCAGUAACAAAAAAAUGAAGAUUUUCAUCACAUUACUCGCCCUUGCUGUGGUGGCUGCUGAGGCAGGAUACGCACCGACUGCUGUGCCCGUCAGCACCUCGGUUUGGCCUCCUUAUGGAGUAUAUGGAAAGGGUUCCCUCGCUGCGUGGCCAUACGCCUACAAUGGAUGGAAUAAUGGCUGGAACAAUGGCUGGAAGAACGGAUGGAACAACGAAUGGAACUCCUGGAAUAAUGGAUGGAACAGCUGGAACGCUGGAGCUCAUGGUGUGUACGGUUACCCCAAUGCUGGUGCCUGGUCUAAUGCCUAUCUUGGUCACAACACCGUAGUGCAGGCCAAUUGGGGAAAGGCACUACCAUAUGGGCUGCCAUGGGGAACGUACGGCGCUGGAGUUAAUGGCUGGACUGGUCUUCACGGUGGAUAUCUGCCCACUGCUGUUCCUGUGUCUAAGCAGGUAGCUGCCACUCCUGGAUCGGUUCAUGUGGCUGCUGUUCCCGUCGGAGGUGGAAAAUUGGUAAUUGCAUGAAUAAGCAAAAUAAUUAGGCACAUUCGUCAGGACCACAGCUCAGAUUUUAUGCUAAAUGGACAAUAAAUGAUGCUAUUUUGCAAUUUUCAAAUAUUUAA